UGUGGUGUUGGCAUCGGCUUGGGCAGGUGUGUGGACUCAGGAUGGGGUGGCUGCAGUGAGGAGCCCUUGACCUUCAGCUGUGCAGGAGGGUUCACCAGGAGCAGACAUGAGCGUAGGGAUGGAGCUGCUGUGGCCUGGGGCAGCACUGCUGCUGCUGGGAGCUGCAGCAGGCUUGUGUGUGCGCUGCUCUCGCCCAGGUGCAAAGAGGUCGGAGAAAAUCUAUGAGCAGAGAAGUCUGCAGGAGACUCAGCGGAGCUUUGCAGUGGCCCAGACCUAUUCCUUGGUUGGACAGCCAUGGUCAGGGCCUCUGGUGAACACAAUCUCUGACGUGGGAUCCAUGAGGAAGGACAAGCUGCUGGAGUUCUCCCCCAGCCUGGAAGAUCCUACGUUCCCCAGGUACCAGAACUUCAGCAAAGGAAGCAGACACGGAUUGGACGCAGCCUACAUAGACCCCACUGCUGGGGAGUACUGCAACUGGGAGCGGUUCCCAGAGGCCUCAGAAGACAAUGACGACGAUGCCAAUUCCUAUGAGAACGUGCUCAUCUGCAAGCCCAGGGCCCCAGGGCCAGACACUGAGGAAUCUGAGGAUUAUCAGAACUCAGCAUCCAUCCAUCAGUGGCGGGAGUCCAGGAGGGCUGUGGAGCAAGUCUGGAGCAAAGCAUCGCUCUCCCCAGGAAGCCCAGAUGAGGAUGGAGAACCAGAUUAUGUGAAUGGGGAUGUGGAAGCCAGAGAAGCCUAGGGAAGACCCUGAAGGAAGAGCCAAGGCAAGAAGCCUAGAGGACCACCAAGCUCAUGGAACUGUUUGUCACCUCCUAAGGAUCAUUUUCCACAGCUGCUCAACUUUGAGGCUCCUGCCAUGGCUACUCUUGGGACACCACCCCCUCCUGAGGACUAUCUAUGGGGGUGCAACCUGGGAAAGGACAGUUAUUUGUAGAAUUGCCAAAAAUGCAGUCCACCACUGUCCCUGAGGCCCCAACCCAGGCUCCCUUGGGGUAGGGUGGGCUUUUGCUCUGGUGGGGUGCCUAGGAUUUAGGGCAAGCUGCAGCCUUGUUCCCCAUAUCUCAAACAUGUCCAACACUGAUAGUUGUGUCCUUUGUGCUUUGGAUUUGAAUCCCAAGUUGCUAGGAUUUUUAAUGACUGAUAAUCUUGUACAGUUAAUUUAUAUAGGUAGUCAUAUUUAAUAUUCUGAAUUUCGGGGUAGACUUAAGCAUUACAGGUACUGUGGUUAGGCAGAGCCCUGGGUCUCCCUCUGUCCCUUAGUGGAGACCUCUCCUUUCUUUAGGCCUCAGCCUGCUUGGGAAAUGAGACUAUAUAGCCACUCUUAUGACCCAUCUAUAGAUAUGCUAUCUGCUGUGGACAAGUAUGGAGAAGUGGCAGUCAGAGAACAGCCAAAGGCCACCCCAGCCAGGAGAGCAGCCCCCUCCUUGCCCGGAAUCCUCCUCUGCCCCAGGCCCUGAUCAGGCAGCAGCAAGACCAUCUCAAGGGAGGAGCAGGGGCCCAGAGGGAGCUUCUGAGUUAGGGACAUAAUGCCCUCUCCCACUGAAAGGUCUCAAUAAACCAUUUUAGUUAAGGGUA